AUGGCCACCAAGUUAACUCCUGUUAUUUGUGAAUCCGCACCAGCUGCUGCGGCUUCUUACUCCCAUGCUAUGAAAGUGAACAACUUAAUUUUCCUUUCUGGUCAAAUUCCAGUGACGCCAGACAACAAGUUGGUUGAAGGCUCCAUCGCUGAUAAGGCUGAACAAGUGAUUCAAAACAUUAAAAACGUUCUGGAAUCAAGCAAUUCCUCAUUGGACAGGGUCGUCAAAGUAAACAUUUUCCUGGCAGAUAUCAAUCACUUUGCUGAAUUCAACUCCGUUUAUGCCAAGUAUUUCAGCACUCACAAACCUGCUAGAUCAUGCGUUGCCGUUGCAGCUUUACCAUUAGGCGUUGACAUGGAAAUGGAAGCCAUUGCUGCAGAAAGAGAUUAG